AUGGCGGGGGCUCCCUGCGAGUUGUCUGCGGAGAGAAAACGGCCGGAGGAAGAGGCGGUGGCGGUCUCUGGGCCCCUUGCAGGGGUCCGGGAGGCCGAGGAGGGGGCGAACACGGAUUCGGACUCUGACCUGGAGACUGAAGGCACCUGUGGGCUUAGAGACCUUGUCAGGGAGCCUCGCAGGGCCCACAGCAUCGUGCUCACCUCCUGCUUUCGGCGCGAAGGGAGCGCCUCAGAACUGACCCUGCGGCACCAUGGCCUGGGGCCGCAGGGGGCCCAGACUCUGGCUUCUGCAUUGUUCUCCAGUCCCCACAUCAAGCGGCUGGACCUUCGGGACAACGGGCUCUGUGCAGCCGGGGCAGAGGCCCUGGUAGGGGCCCUAAGCAAAAGCAGCUGCAUCUGUGAUAUGGACCUGUCGGAGAACCAGCUGGGAGUGGUGGGAGUCCAGGCCCUCUGUGCCGCCCUCAUGGCAAACCCAGCCGUGCGAAAGGUGCAACUGGCAGGAAAUGGCCUGGAGGAGAAGGCGGCCUGGUACAUUGCUGAGCUCCUGCUGGUGCACAUGAGCCUGCAGUCCCUGGACCUGAGCUAUAAUGAGCUGAGUGAUGGAGCAGGGGAGACCCUUGGACCAGCCCUGGCAGAAAACACAGGACUCACCGAGCUUAACGUGAGCUGGAAUCACCUUCGAGGCCCAGGAGCUGUAGCCUUUGCCAGGGGACUGGAGGGAAACAUCUUCCUGAAGGUCCUGGACAUCUCAUACAAUGGCUUUGGUGACCCUGGGGCCUCAGCAGUGGGCGAGGCCCUCAAGGCCAACACCGUGCUGGAGGAACUCAACAUGAGCAACAACCGCAUCUCAGCAGUGGGAGCCCUGAGCCUGGGCCUGGGCCUCCGGGUCAACCAGACACUGAGGAUUCUUGUUGUGUCUAGGAAUCCUAUGCGAAGUGAAGGCUGCUUUGGCGUUCUCAAGUCUGUCCAGGAUAACCCAGCAUCUGCCUUAGAACUGCUGGAUUUCUCUGAUAGCCAGGUGAACAAAGAGUUUGAUGACCUUGCUGAUGCAGUGAAGGUAAUUCUUCCAGGGCUGUGCAUAAAAACUGGUGCUCGCAGAGUGGAGUACAAAAAAGAGUUGCUGCCAGUCUUCAGAGCAUCCUCACCAGCAUCUGCCUCUAACUGACUUUGAAGUGUGGCUUCCUCAUCUCCCAUCAGCCACCUCAACUCCCAUGUCAAGGGUUCUUGGGCUUAUCAUGCCUUCCACCUCUGUCUGUACUGAGUCCCCUUACUAACUGAUGCUAAGCUGUUUGGAGCUGGCCUUCACGAUGACUCAGACAGUGUGCCCUGCUUUCUACCCUACAGCCCCUGAACUACUCUGGGUCUUCAUUUUCUCUUAUUUGUCCACGUAACGUUUAUUGAACCCUAUAGGGUCGCAAUGAAUCAGAAUUGACUUGACAGCAAUGGGAUGGGUUUAUUAUGUGCCACACAUUGAGCUGGGCACAAGGUUGGAGAUGCCCAAGCAAGUCCCUGGCCUCCAGUCUCCGCUCAUAUCCUGAGGCGCCCAACAAUCACAGUAUAAGGGAGUGUGUGACUGACAUUCCCAAACUCUGUGAGAAUGCAAACCGGCCCAGCCAUUUGGGAAGGCAACUUUUCAUUAU